CCCAGUGGCAAUCCAGUAGAAUGGCGCGGCCUAGCUGAUUCUGGCGCUUCAUGGCGCUGAGAACCUUCCACCCAAAGAAAGCAUUGUGCCUGGGAAGGGAAAAAGGGGACUGCGACGAAACCGCCGUCUUUCCCAGCGGCAUAUUCUGCAAACAGAGCUUCGGGACCGUGUUUGCGGUCCGCGGAAACCAUCCCCAGUUCACUGGGUUUGCAGCUUUUUGUCUCAUCUCCGCUUCUCUCUAGUUGUCCGCUAUUUGGUCCUGACUGAAGUUGCAGAGAUGUCAGGCAUUAAGAGGAAGAUUGAGGACAAUGAUCCAGACUAUGAAGACAUAUCUGUGGUGCCCAAAAACAAGAGGCUCAAAGCAGUGGAACAAAAUGCUCGGGAAGUGACUGUGCAGAAGAUUGAAGGCAUCAUCAAGGACCAGUUCUCGCUGGAGAUGAAGAGCAAGGAGCACGAGAUCGAAGUGAUCGGACAGCGUCUCAACGAAGCAAGGAGGAUGAUGGACAAGCUGCGUGCCUGCAUUGUGGCCAAUUACUACGCCAACGCCAGGCAGCCCAAGGUGCUCGAGCCUGGCAAGAGCGACGCCUCAGUCCUGAACCACCCGGCCAUCAAACGCUUCUUGGAGUCCCCCUCCCGGUCCUCGUCGCCCUUCAACCAGGGCUCGGAAACGCCUUCCCUGGUGCCCUCGGAAGCUGAGUCGCUGUCCCAGAAUUCCCGGCAGGCGGAGGGGCCUGAGCAGGAGGAGGGGCCGAGGCCGGAGCGGAGACCAGGCCGCAAUGUGGGCAAGGACAGCUUUGGUGUGCUGCCCCCUGUGGACGCAGAGUCACGGUUUACAUUCCAUGCCUCCAGAGAGGACUCAUCACGCCUGUAUGUGAAGAAGACCAUCGUGGUUGGGAACGUGUCCAAGUACAUCCCCCCAGACAAACGAGAAGAGAACGACCAGUCCACACACAAGUGGAUGGUGUACGUCAGGGGUUCCCGGCGAGAACCCAGCAUAGACCACUUUGUUAAGAAGGUCUGGUUCUUCCUGCACCCCAGUUACAAGCCCAACGACCUGGUGGAGGUCAGUGAGCCCCCGUUCCACCUGACCCGCCGCGGCUGGGGGGAGUUCCCCGUUCGCGUGCAGAUCCAUUUCAAAGACGCCCGGAACAAGCGUGUCGAUAUCAUCCACCACCUGAAGCUUGACAGGACGUACACAGGCCUGCAGACCCUGGGGGCAGAGACGGUGGUGGAUGUGGAAUUGCACCGGAACAGCCUGGGGGAGGACCUUGUUUCCUUCCCCUGCUCCUCCUCCUCGUCAUCUUCCUCCUCAUCUUCCUCCCAGCAGGCAGUUGCCACCCACCUCCCUUCCUCCACACCCCAGGCCCCCCUCCCAGCAUCAGGGCUCCCAGCCUCCCCGGGGUCGAUUUCCCAGGAUUCUCACGCCAUCACAGAGAAAGGUCAUCCCACCAAGAGUGAGCUUGGCCGUUCGGGCAGCUACAGCCUCCUGUCCUCCGACCGCACCCCGUCCCGCCCCAAGGUCCUGGAGAAGAUCACUCUAGGCUCCCACAGCAACUCCGCCUUUCAGCCAAUCACGGCCAGCUGCAAGAUCGUGCCGCAGGGACAGGCCCCCAAUCCCGCGGAGUCUCCCGGGAAGUCAUUCCAGCCAAUCACCAUGAGCUGUAAGAUUGUGUCUGGCUCUCCCAUCUCCACCCCCAGCCACUCGCCCCUCCCCCGCACUCCGACCUCCACGCCCGUGCACAUGAAGCAGGGAUCGUCCGUCAUCAACAACCCGUACAUCAUUGUGGACAAGCCCGGUCUGGUUGCCGGCAUGGGUUCCCCCAGCGCCGCCGUCUCCGCAGGCAGUCCGACGGGCAAGCAGACGUCCGCGGUCCAGGCAUCCCCAGGAACCCACUCCCCAGCCCCGAAGGUGCCUGCCGGAAGCUUCCUGUCCUCCGGGGUGAAGGUCAUCAUCAAGCAGGAGCCGGGGGAGGUGUCCACAACACCGCAGCAGCCAGUACAGCAGGUGCUGGUUUCUGCAGCCACGCCGCAGCACGCAGCCGCGCAACAGUUUGUGGCAGUGAAGGGAGGGCACGUGAUUGCUGUGUCGCCGCAGAAGCAGAGUGCUGGACCUGCUGCGCCCGGCAUGACUCAGAACAAGGUGGUUGGAAUCCCUGUUGGCUCAGCCCUGCAGUCUGCUGUGAAGCAGGUGGCCAUCAGCAGUGGGCAGAUCCUCGUGGCCAAGUCCAGCCCGGCUGUCUCCAAGGUGAUGGGACAGAAGCAGGUGAUUGCCCAGGGUGUGGCCAAGGCCAUCGUGAGCGGGGCUGGCGGCAGCAUCGUGGGCCAGCAGGUGCAGACGGUCACCAAGGCAACAGCCACUUCUUCUGGAGCUGCUAAAGCUGGAGGCCAGGGGUCAGUCAUGGCCACUCUCCAGCUUCCAGCCAACAACCUGGCCAGCCUGGCCAACCUGCCCCCUGGCACUAAGCUCUACCUGACUACCAACAGCAAGAACCCCUCUGGCAAGGGCAAGCUGCUUCUGAUCCCCCAGGGGGCCAUUCUGCGUGCCUCCAAUCCCUCAGGUCAGCAGCCACAGGCCACGCCCCAAUCGGGGGCAGGGACUUCCCAAGCUCCUCCCUCCACCAGCAGCAGCAGCAGCUUGCCUUCAAACCUGUCCUACACCUCGUACAUCCUCAAACAGACUCCGCAGGGAACAUUUCUGGUGGGCCAGCCGGUGGCGCCGGGGACCGGGAAGCCUGGGUCCGGUCCUUCAGGAGGGAACAGCACGUCUUCAACCACACCGGUGCCCCAGCAGGCCAUCCGGGUGACGGCAGGACAGAAGGCCGCCAUCCUCGCCCAGGUGGUGGGCGGGUCCCAGGGCUCCCAUGUGAAGCUGUCGGACGGCUCUGUGAAGACUGUGGCGGCAGCAGCUCACCUAUCAAAGCCGAGCGGCACCGCGCUGAGGAUGGCGGGCAGCGUGGUGGCGGCCCCCAGCUCUGCCGUCAUGCCCCACGGGGUCGCCACAGCAACCCCUUCCCAGCAGCCUGCCGAGGGGUCCGGCCCGUCUUCCGGCUCAGCCGGGCCAUCCGGCGGCAAAGCCGUCGCCCCGCACCCGCUGCUGGUAGCGGCCAGUCAAGCGGGCAUCAGUGGCACCCCUAAGGGCACUGUUGUCAUGGCGAAGGGAGGCGGCCCGGCCGCCGUGGUGACCGUCGCCAAGAGUGUGAACGUGCCGGUCAUCAGCCUGUCCAAGGGGGCAGCCGCAUCCCUGGUGGGUACGCCCAAGAACGCUGGCCCCUCCCUCGUCGCCGCGACCACCUCCCUGGUCCCGUCAGCAGGGGGUGCUGUGAGUGGGAAACCCGCUGCUCUGUCAGGUAUGCUGAAGAUCCACUCUGGCCAGGCCAGUGCCCAGCAGACUGUGCUAACCAUCCCUGCCAACCAGCUGAAGCAGCUGGGGGUGAGCAGCUCCUCUGGGGGGGGUCUGCAGACCAUCCUGAUGCCUGUCAGCAAAGUGGUACCAUCAGGCUCGACCGUGAAAGCUCUGGCCAGCUCCACCCCAGUCGCGGCCGCCGCUGCUCCCCCCGCCACCGCGCCAGGCAGGAGUGCGGCCACGCCCCCAGCCCUGCCCACCGCCGCCGCAGUACCCCCCGCCACUCAAGUGAAGACGGAGCCCGGCGUGACUGGAGCCCCUGCUGGUGCUGCCCCGCCUCCGGGUGCAGAAGGCUCCGCCCCCAUCACCGCCCCCGGGCCCGUCAAGCAGGAGCAGGGAACGGAGUCGGGACACGACCUCAUCGACACGGAGCACAUAGAGAAUCUGCCACAGCUGCUGACAGCUGCCGUGAAGAAGUUUCCGCUGAUCGUCCCCGAGAAGACCGAGGACUCGGCCCCCUUCUGCGCCGACUCACUGGAGCAGUACUACUCUUGGAACAUCGGGAAGCGGCGCGCUGCUGAGCUCCAGCGAGCCGUGGCUGUGAAGAGGCUCGUCCAGGACGUGCUGGAGAAAUCCCCAGGCCUGCAGGCCAGUGCCCUCCCUAAGACCAGGGAGGUGGUGCAGUGGUGUAGGCAGAGGGGUUACACCCCCCCCGACCCGGAGCCCCAGCGCAGCGAGGAGGACUCUAUCGAGGACAUCCUCACCCAGAUCGACAGCGAGCCUGAAUGCCCUUCGACACUGCUGGAUGCGGAGGAGCUGUGCCAGCGGCUGGAGGAGCUGCAGGCGCUGCUGAAGACGGAGGCGGAGCCGGAGGAUGAGCCGCUGGACAUCGUGGGCGUGGCCGAGCCCGCCUGCCAGCUGCGGGUCAAGCAGGAAGAGCUGGGCGAGGAGCAGGAGUCCCACUUUUACCUGGGCCCGUCGGCCACCUCGCAUUUUGUCAGAGACGCUGCCCAGCAGAUCGGAGUUUCCUUCCAGCCGGUAGAGGUGGAGAAGAACGUUUACGCCCCAGUGGUCGAGGAAAUGAUCCUGAAGGCGGUGGAGCAAUUUGCCAGUGAGGUCCUGAGGGAGUCUCUCGCUGGGGCGUACCUCAAAGCUCCACAAAACAGGGCUCCCAGGGAGAUCACGGCCAUAGAUGUCCACCAGGCAGUAGCUGGCAUUGCCGCUUGCGACUUCCUGACCAACAAGUACAUGGGCUGCCUGGUGAAGGAUGAGGCCCACACAGACUGAGCAUGCCCAGUGGCCAGGGGGUGGGCCAUGCAGGGGCGUGUCCCCACGCAGCCCCUGUCAAGGUGGCCGACAUGAUUCGGUUUAAUCCCAGAGCAUGAGGACCUCUACUGUGGUCUGAGACCGAGAUUGGCGCUCAGUAAGCAGCAGUAAGAAUGGUAAUAGGGUCAUCGCUGGUUGACCUAAAGGGCCACAAACAAAGCCCCUGCCGGUUUUAGUGCCUGCCGCUUGGGUCCCGUCUCUUCAGCUCAGUCUCUCUGGCAUGCAGAGCUGUGGCUGAACGGAGCUCCUGACCGCUGCCCAUCUCGUACCCGGGCCAGUACGGUUUCCAUGUUGAGCGCUGCAGGAAUUCUGCCAUUUCUCAUUGACUGACCCCUUGUGGUCAAAUCUAAGACGCACUAAAAGGUAUAUCAGAACAUGCUGACUGUGUAGGUGAGGACUGAGGGUGAGAGUCAGAGGAUGACUGACAUUCAGUGGUCGCUAAGCUAAGUAGGGUAGCUUCUUCAACCUUGAACUUCUGUGGUUCCUAUCAGUGCGUGAAUGAACUUACCUAUGCUCCUUCAUUCCCCCCACCUACAAUUACCCCCCCCCCCCACCAGAGCCUUUUAUCAGUGUUUUAUCACUAUAGCAUUGUGACAUAACGGAAUCAAUGUUUUAAAAGUAUUUGUGUAGGCUUUCUGGUUUCAGUCAGCCGUCGUGAUAAACACUCGUAUCUUCUGUCUGGUCCAGAGGUUGCCGACGACAGUCCCGUCCCAGUGUUUCCUGGUGUGUUGGAAUUCCGCGAAAACGCUGUAAGAAUGGCGUGUGUGGCAAACCUCGCUGCUCACCGGCAAUUUUACAGCAGUGACAUACUGUCUCAUCAAAGCGUGUUAUUUACACAAUAAGAUUACUUUCCUCAUAUUUUAUGAUCAGUAUUCCUGUAGAACAAAUUAAAUCUAAUAGGAGAGUUAACUAGUGACCUAACUAGUUAUGACUUUUAGUUUCACGACAACUAGAGAACAUAUUGGAAGUAUUGUUUUUAACACAGGUGUUCCUGUAAUAUAUUGUUGGCUAAAAUAUGACAGUGUAUGCAGGAGACUGACUGCUGCACUGUUGUUACGGUUCGCGGCGUUUUAUGUCCUGCCUUUAUAGAACAGAGAGUAGAGAAGCUUCCAGAAGGAAUGCAUGCGAGUCUGUUGGUUCUGUGAUAAGCUGGGUUAUGGUCCUGACCUCUCCCCACAUUCCCUGCACACAUGAAAACUGAAUUAAUAUUCUUGUAUUAAAAAUGAAAAAGUUAUUUAAAGUG